CAAUCGGCGGCGGCGCCGGGCCCGGGCCCUCCCCCCGGCGGCUCCCCACAGGGCCGGGCAGGGCCGGGAGCGGCGGCGGCCGCCGGAGCUGAGUCAGCGCCGUGCCGCCGCCGCAAGAUGAACAUCAUGGACUUCAACGUGAAGAAGCUGGCGGCCGACGCGGGCACCUUCCUGAGCCGCGCCGUGCAGUUCACAGAAGAAAAGCUUGGUCAAGCAGAGAAGACUGAACUGGAUGCUCACCUGGAGAACCUCCUCAGCAAAGCAGAAUGCACUAAGCUGUGGACAGAGAAAAUAAUGAAACAAACAGAAGUGUUAUUGCAGCCAAAUCCAAAUGCCAGGAUAGAAGAAUUUGUCUAUGAGAAACUGGACCGGAAAGCACCAAGUCGUAUGAAUAAUCCAGAGUUACUAGGCCAGUACAUGAUCGAUGCUGGUAAUGAAUUUGGCCCAGGAACAGCCUAUGGAAAUGCACUCAUUAAAUGUGGAGAAACACAAAAGCGAAUUGGAACAGCAGACAGAGAACUAAUUCAGACUUCUGCUAUAAACUUUCUUACUCCCCUAAAAAACUUCAUUGAAGGAGACUACAAAACUAUUACUAAAGAACGUAAACUAUUACAAAAUAAAAGACUGGAUUUGGAUGCAGCAAAAACCAGAUUGAAGAAGGCAAAAGUUGCAGAAGCUCGAGCCGCAUCUGAACAGGAAGUACGAAUUACUCAGAGUGAAUUUGACCGUCAAGCAGAGAUUACCAGACUUCUGCUGGAAGGAAUCAGCAGCACACAUGCACAUCAUCUUCGUUGUCUGAAUGAUUUUGUUGAAGCUCAGAUGACCUACUAUGCACAAUGUUACCAAUAUAUGUUGGAUCUCCAGAAACAACUUGGAAGCUUUCCGUCUACUUUUCUCUCUAACAAUAAUCAGUCUUCCUCGACUCCUGUGCAGAGCAUUUCUACUCCCUCAGUUUUGGCCUCAGCUUCUGCUUCAUUGCCUUCAGUAAGCAAUUCAAUAGUUACUUCAGGCAUCAGUGAACUGAAGUCAUCAAGUGGCAGCAGGAAAGCUAGAGUUCUCUAUGAUUAUGAUGCUGCAAACAGCAGUGAAUUAUCACUACUUGCAGAUGAGGUGAUAACAGUGUAUAGUAUCCCGGGCAUGGAUUCAGACUGGCUGAUGGGUGAAAGGGGAAGUCAGAAAGGCAAAGUGCCUAUUACUUAUUUAGAACUGCUAAACUAAAUGGCUGGCCUGAAUAAAGACUGUCAAUUAUGGUGACACCAUAUUUAUAUACAAUUAAUGUUAUGUAAGCAGGUUUAAGUGUCUUCCAUGUUUCUUUCUUGAGGGACAAAUACCAGCCAUUACAAACUGGCUUUUCUGCCAGCAUGGUUGCAUGGUAAAUACUCUAUUCAAACUUAACGUGUUUAAAGCUUUUACUUCAUGUGCCAAGAACAUGUUUCCUACAGAUUUGUUUCUACUGAAGUUUUCACUAAUACCAGCUUCUACUUUUGAGUAACCUAGAUUGAAAGCAGGAGGUACUGUUUUCUACUGAAUUUUUUCAUUAAUGGCAAAGCUUUUCUUCACAUAAAAUAAACUUAUUGUGAACUGA